GCGGAAACGCCACGGGGCGGCGGUUCCGGGGGCGCCGGUGCUGCUGUAAGUGCUGUGCGGGAGGAGGCGGGAGGAGAGGGGUUCCGCCACCUCCGCCCCUUCCGCCGCCUCCUGCCUUCUGCUCGGCAGAGGGGAGGCCGCCAUGCACCCCGUUUUCCAGAGCAGCCGGCGCGACUUCACCUUCGGGCCGUGGAAGCUGAGCGCCGCCCGGACGCAUAUCAUGAAGUCGGCGCAGGCCGAGAGGUUGGCUGAUGAAUUACACAUGCCUUCCCUGCCAGAGAUGAUGUUUGGAGACAAUGUCCUAAGAAUACAGCAUGACCAUGGUUUUGGAAUUGAGUUCAAUGCUACAGAUGCUUUAAAAUGUGUCAAUAAUUGUCAAGGUAUGAUCAAAGUCGCUUGUGCAGAGGAGUGGCAAGAGAGCAGGAGGGAGACUGAGCACAGUAAGGAAGUUGUCAAGCCAUAUGACUGGACUUACACAACAGAUUACAAAGGAACUUUGCUGGGAGAUACUGCAACAUUAAAGGUUGUCCCUACAACAGAACACAUAAAUACAGAGAAAUUAAAAGCCAGGGAACAAAUUAUGUUUUUUGAAGAAGUACUCCUGUUUGAAGAUGAACUCCAUGAUCAUGGAGUAUCAAGUUUGAGUGUCAAAGUAAGAGUUAUGCCUUCCAGCUUUUUUGUGCUGCUGAGGUUCUUCUUGCGAGUGGAUGGGGUACUCAUCAGGAUGAAUGAUACAAGGCUUCAUCAUGAGGCUGACAAGACCUACAUGUUGCGGGAAUACACAUCCAGGGAAAGCAAAAUAUCAAGUCUAAAGUUUUGCUUUUUAGAAUGUUCCACCUACCCUGUUCACGGAACCUAACGAGAUCUCUCAGUAUCUACCCAUAAAGGAGACAAUCUGUGAAAAACUAGAAUUCCCCGAGGAGCUGGAGCCUAAACCAGAAACAUCACUGGAAACCAUAUGUGCUAAGUCUAAAUAAAUGUGACUUUAUAAGGACUUGAAGUAUGGAGAUUAUGUGAUCACAGUUGUUGACAUGGGGGUUGUUUCACUACUAGUGGAAUAAAGAAUUUGGCUAAUUUUUCUGUAGCCAUAAGAGAAAAUAUUUCAAGCAGAUUUUGCUAAUGGUGUUUUUGGUUUGGAUUUUUUUUGAACCUGUGUUUGCAGUUGAUGAUAGACUGGUGGUGAGUUACAGUUUUCAACAACAUUGGAGAAAUUACUAUUGGGAGUCUGGGUUCUGUUUAGUUCACCAAGCAGGCAGGAGUAUUGUCUGGACUCCCAUCCACUUACAAUUCUAUGAAGAUUUGAAGAUUUUGUUAUUGCUGCUUCAGAUACUGUGAAGCUACCAGAGUUGUAAAACUGGCAUGAUUUUAUUUUUAUUGAGAAAUAAUCCACAGUAAAAAAAAAAAAAAUUCCUCUGCAUUUAUUUUGAUCUGUUCAUCCUAAAGUACCCAUUUUCCUUAGCUUCCCUACUGGUAACCAACAAAGUUAUUUCUUGUAGUUUCUGAUCCAGAGUCUCACCUAAGAAUACUAAUUUCAUCUGAGAUAGGUUUAAGUGUAGAGAAAAAAGUAGAUUUGAUUGACACUAUAUAAAGGUAAAAUUAUUUGUGAAGCAUUAACUCCAGGAGAGCUGGAGGUUAACAGAGAGCCACUGCUAAAUCUCUUCACAAAUGCUGGUUUAAUCUAGUGUCAGCUGGAGUUCUGUAGGCAGUUCUGGGACUCUCUGGGCAAUUCUGGGACCCUCACUUGAGGUCCCUGUUCUGCUCCAGUAAUGUAUACUGCUGGAAAGGCAUCUCCCUGCACUGGCCUUCUCUUGGAUGUGCCCACAUGGGACGGUUCUACUGCCCUGACAGCCAAGUUGCAAAACUGCCUUGAGGCUUAAGGUUGGGUAAGUCUGAUCCCUAAAGGGUGCUGGUAUUUGCAGUUUGAGAGAUGAGGUCCUGUAUGGCCUUAGAAGGAUGCUAACGUAUAUUCCAAAUAUAUAAUUUUGGUUUAUUUUAAAAUUAUUCUGAGUUCUAGUAUUGAUAGAAGUGUGAUCACUUGUAUAGUCAUGGUUUCAACACUCUGUAGAUGAAACUGAAUACUUGUAUUGCUUUUGGAAAUUGUGCAAUAUAUUACUGGUUUGGCCUAAGAAUGGGGCAGUUAAGCAGGCUUGUCUGGGUUUGCAGCUGACACUCAGUGCAGGAAGCAUUGCAGUGAAGCAUUGCUGCUGACACUCAGUGCAUGUAACUGCAGUGAAAAGCAGACCUGGUGGUGCAAGGUGCUUGCAGAUAAGAACAGGGACACAUUCUGAUGUCUUGGGGUUUUUGUUUAAAGAUCUUCAUAUUCUACACCGCAUGGCUUACUAGAAGCAGCCCACCACAAAACCUCGUAUUUACUAAUAUAUUUUCUGAGGUUUUCAUGUAGACAAGACCCUGAGGUUUUUUUGAGGGAGAAAAGUGUACUGUCAUCUAAUCGACUGUUCUUUAUUAAAAACAAAUAACACACUGAUUUCACUUUUAUUUGGGGCAGCCUGGUCUAGUGAAUUCUACUGCAGGUAGAAAGGCAGGAACUAACUGCAUUUUUUACUGUGUUGCUGAUUUACUCUAGCCACGGGGAAGACAUUUUUCUGAGCCUACGUUCCCUGUACGUAAAAAUAGGAUUUAAUAUAUGCCUACCUCACAGAGAGACUGUGAGGAUUAGUUUGUACAAAGUUAUUGAUUAGAAUUUUUUUUUUUCUGAAUACAUCUUCGGCCUUAUCUUUGGAAUCCUUUGGAAAGGAUUACUGCGAAAAAAUGAACUAUAAGGUAAAUGAAGAGAACUGAAACAGUUUCUGAAAGAAGUUGUCCAGCUGUGGUAAUUACCAGGUAAUUAUCAGACAUGAUCUGGGUGAAUGAAUUUAUGGCCACUUUGAAAUAGAAGCAAGGUCCUCUGUGUUCCCCAUUACAGUCCUAAAAUCUGUUGGUUUUUUUUCAUCUUCCUGCCCUUGUUUCCUAAACAUUUUAGUGUCAGGAUGAAGAAGAGGACUGCAAAUGGAUGCAGCACUGAAGAGAUUAAAAUCCAUUUAGUAAUAGAAGAUUAUUUGGCCCACUCCAGUGUUAGAGGGAAGUGAGGAAAGAGUAAAAAGGAAAGGAGCGACAAGUGGAGGUGAAGAGUUAUUUUUCUAGUAGAAGUAAAUCAUGGCACUUACUCUAAGCAUAUAUUAGUAUACAUGCCUUGGCACUUACUCUAAGCAUAUAUUAGUAUACAUGCCUUAGAGCUUAUAAAAACACACUUUUACAGCUGGUAUGACCGGGAGCAGAGCUCAUGUAGUGCUGGCAUGAAGGAAACUGUAUCUGCAUUUGUUAAUUCAACCUGUGAUUUGAGCUUGGUCACUGAUGCUAACAUUAAACUCCUUUGGUCUGAAAUACAGUGUUGGGGGGGAAAGCCACAGAGUGGGGAGAGAGCAGUGGAAAGGGCAGUCUGCAUGAUUAGCUUAUACUGUGUGUUUUCUCUUGUCCAUCAUACAUCCUAAUUUGUGACCUGUGAUAAAGUUUUAUGGCAUUGACUUGGUAUCUAGUUGACUAUAGAUAAGUGCUCUCCAUCUAUUCUAAAGGGUGCUGUGCAUUUCAGUGGGACAUGUGUUGGGGAAAUCACAAGAACACCUUUAGGAACUUACAGUUACAGCAAGUUCAAAAUUGGAGCACUUUGUGACUUUCUUAUGCCAUGCAGAUUACCAAGAAGCAGCGGUAUAAACUGGUGUACAGCAAGUGCUCUGACACAAAUUUUCUACAGAAAAGUACCACUUUGAAUAAAUAACUUUAGCAGGGGAGGGAGUUGGGAUGGUUCUCCAGCUGUUUUGUGUCGAGUUUUAUGUGGCAGUUUAUAUUGUUCCUUGUAUGUUGCUAAAUAAAACGUACCAAACA